AUGCCACCAGGAGCUCGGCAUGAAGGCAAGCCAAUCAUUGAUUUCAUCACCAGACUGGGUCCUACCACUAGUGCAGAGGAAUACGUCUCGAGUUUUCUGGGGUCACGACUGGAUCGACGGGAGAAGAAAGCUGUGGAGCAGAUGAAGGUACAGAUGAUAUGGCUGGAGCCACCGGGAAAAGGAGGAACCAGGGCUUCUGUCACUAGUGGCUCAGGCCAUCAGAGAAAGAGGCUGUCGUCACGACAGAAAAAAGAGUUGGGCCUGUAUGAGAUCCCUAAAGAGAAACAGAGGUAUUCACUGUACCUGCCACUCCAUGAUCUGUGGAAGAGCUACAUGGAGGACCUGCUACAGAUGGGGAGCCACAGAGGAAAUCUAGUACAGUCGCAAAUGAACCAGAGAGUGACAAAAGCAGAUCUCCAUGGCUGUCUACUCAGGGUUGAGAGAUCCAAAUGUCCAUCAUACAUUGGUACACAUGGGAUUGUGUUGCAGGAGACUCAGAACACAUUCAGACUCAUCACUGCCAGCAACAGUCUCAAGACUGUCCCGAAAGCCAACUCUGUGUUCACCUUUGACCUUGGGAGAUACUGUUUCUGUCUCUACGGCAACCACCUGAGAUAUCGAGCAGGAGAGAGAUCGGCCAGGAAAUUCAAAGACAAACCAACACUAGACUUGAAUGAGCUCACUGCGCAUGCGCGAUCCUCGCGGGUAUAUAAAGCGGCUCUGCAAACAGCGAUAUACAGGGGAUUUGCGCGAGUUUUGCUGUCAGCUGGAAAAAGAAAAGAUUCUCAGCAGUGUCUUCAUCCGAGUGCUCUGCUCUCAUUCUCCCUGAGUCGAGACAUCAUGUCUAUACCCUCCAGUUUGACCCUGGACUCGCUCCCGUCCGGCGUCCGCAGCUUCGUGGACAAGUGGUCGGAGCACUGCACUCCCGAAGGCGUCCACGUCUGCGACGGCUCGGACGAGGAAGACGGAGCCUUGCUCCAGCUACUGGUGGAGAAGGGCUCCAUUACUCCACUCUCGAAGCUGGAAGACUGCUUUCUCUGUCGUACAAAGAAGGCCGACGUGGCGAGGGUGGAGAGGAGGACCUUCAUCUGCUCCCCGACGAGGGGCGGGGCUAAACCGACACCCAGCGAGGGCAUCAAGUCAAAGUUGGGUCACUGGAUGCAGCCGGACGAAAUGGACGCCCUGUUGGACAAAGACUUUGCCGGCUGCAUGAAAGGUCGUACCAUGUACCUCAUCCCUUACUGCAUGGGUCCCCUGGGCUCAGACAUCAGUAAGAUUGGUAUCCAGCUCACCGACUCGGCCUACGUGGUCGUCUGCAUGAGAAAGAUGACGAGGAUGGGGGCCAGCGUCCUCCAGGCACUCGGGGAAGGGGAUUUCGUCCGCUGUCUCCAUUCGGUCGGCGUCCCACUGGCUCCUGGUGCCCCCGAUAACGACCCCUGGCCCUGUAAUCCGGAGAAGAUUACCAUCGCCCACUUUCCGCAGCGGAGGGAGAUCAAGUCGUUUGGCAGCGGGUAUGGCGGGAACUCUCUCCUGGGGAAGAAGUGUUUUGCUCUGAGGAUUGCGUCCACCAUUGCCAGAGACGAGGGCUGGUUGGCCGAGCACAUGCUGAUCCUGGGGCUUACCAACCCUCAAGGGGUGAAGAAGUACAUCGCAGCUGCCUUCCCGAGCCAGUGCGGCAAGACCAACCUGGCCAUGAUCACCCCCACUCUCCCCGGCUGGAAGGCCGAACUCAUCGGCGACGACAUUGCCUGGAUGAGGUUCGGUCCCGACGGUCGACUUUGGGCCAUCAACCCCGAGAAUGGUCUCUUUGGUGUCGCGACUGGCACCAACAUGAAGUCCAACCCCAACGCCAUGAAAGCCGUCAGUAAGAACACCAUCUAUACCAACGUCGCACUGACGUCGGACGGAGGCGUGUUCUGGGAGGGGCUUGAGGACGAGACUCCGCCCAAGCUCGGCAUUACCUCCUGGCUCGGCGUAGAGGGCUGGGAGAAACUGCCGGCUGCCGAGAAGAAGGCGAACCCCGCCGCGCACCCAAACUCGCGUUUCUGCACCCCCACUGUGCAGUGUCCCAACCUUGACCCCGACUGGGAGAACCCAAGUGGAGUUCCGAUCGACGCCAUUCUGUUUGGUGGGCGUCGCCCGAAAACAAUCCCGCUGGUGUUCGAAACGUUCAGCUGGGAGCACGCGAUCUACGUGGGGCUGUGCCUUCGCUCGCAGUCGACGUCCGCAGCCGCCGAUCACAAGGGGAAGAAAAUCAUCCUCAACGAUCCGUUUGCCAUGAGACCGUUUUUUGGCUACAACUUCUGCCAGUACAUGGAGCACUGGCGCGAGAUGAAGCAGCGACCCGGUGCCAAACUUCCAAAGGUGUUCCACGUGAACUGGUUCCGCGAGGACGCCGAGGGGCACUUCAUCUGGCCCGGGUUCGGCGAUAAUUGCCGGGUCAUCGACUGGAUCCUGCGUCGCUGCGACGGGGAAGACAUCGCCCAGGAGACACCGCUCGGACUCACCCCGAAGCCAGGCACCAUCGACAUGGAGGGUCUGGGGCCCGUGGAUAUGGAGCAUCUGUUUGAUUUCAGCAAGGCCGACUUGGAGCAGGAGACGGCCGAAAUGGAGGUCUACUUUUCCGAGCAGAUGCCCGGACAGCUCCCAGACUUCCUCCAACAAGAGCUGCAGAGCUUCAAAGGGCGCAUCGCCGCCAUGCCGUGA